UUUAACUUUAAUUUUUCUGGCAAGCGCCGGAAAGUCAAAACUAUCCUCAGGACUUACUUCUGCUUCUUCGUUUUUUAUCGUAUCCCCCCACUCUUCCAAACACUCCCAAAUUCCCCAAAUUAUAUCUCAACGAAUCCCUCUGAUUAUUCUUUUACAACCGUUUCUAUCCAAAUGGCUCUCCCUGAAACAGCCGAUUUCGCCCGGAAUUUCUCUGUUUUGGUCAGAGUCCAAGGCCCCGAUCCAAAGGGUCUGAAGAUGAGGAAUCAUGCCUUCCAUCAAUACCAUUCUGGCAAAACGACAUUGUCAGCUUCGGGCAUGCUAUUACCUGACACCCUUUACAAAACUGAAGUGGUUAAGUGCAUUUGGGACAAUGAUAGUGGUCAGAAUUUGAUGUUAGUUAUGACAGUCGCUUCUCUCGUUGAGCCUUUUCUUACAAUUCAACAUAGGGAAAACCUUUCUCAGGGUCUACCUGAGUUGAUUCCUGGUGCUCAGAUUGAUAUUAUGGUCGAGGAAAAUAUGGGCGCAGAUUCAGAUGGAGGAGGUUGUUGCUGGUUUACUGCACGGCUACUGAAAAUGGUUGAUGUUCCCAUAUCAUCCCUUGCACUUCAAUCCCUUGUCGAAGCUUCUUCAGGCUCACAAGAGCAAGGAUGGGAGUUUGGUUGGUCAUUGGCUUCAACUCAUCAGCCUUCAGUGGACAGUACUCAGACACAGAUAGAGUAUGAUAACAAACUUUUAAUGGAGCGUCAGAGGCUAGUGAUGGGGAAAUCGAGCAAUCCUAGUCUAAUGGCCAGGUCAACAACUAGAAUUGCUAUCCUUGGAGUUAAUUUGCAUUUAAAUGGCCUACCAAAAAUUGGAAUAUUACCUCUGAAUAAAAGGGGAGAGUUUCUUCUGGCAAUGGGAUCUCCAUUUGGCAUCCUCUCUCCCUUGCACUUCUUUAACAGCAUGUCAGUGGGAUCUGUUGCCAACUGCUAUCCACCUAAAUCAUCUGACAGAGCAUUGCUAAUGGCUGACAUUCGAUGUCUUCCUGGAAUGGAGGGUGGUCCAGUUUUUGGUGAUCAGGGCAUGCUGGUUGGUAUCCUGACCAGACCUUUGAGGCAAAAGACCAGUGAUGCUGAGGUUCAGUUGGUGAUUCCAUGGGAUGCCAUUGCAAGUGCUUGCAGUGACUUGCUGCUGAAGGAGCCACAAAUUGAAGAAAAGGGGAUUCACAUCAACAAGGGAAACUUAAAUACUGUAGGAAAUGGAUUAUUGUCUAACAGCAAUGGUUCAAAUGGACACUGCUGUUACAAUCAUGACCAUUUUAACUCACCUUGCUCUUCACUAUUACCGAUUGAGAAGGCAAUGACUUCCAUAUGUCUUAUUACCGUUAACGAUGGUGUAUGGGCAUCAGGUGUUGUGCUCAAUGAUCAGGGGCUAAUACUCACAAAUGCUCACCUGUUGGAACCGUGGCGAUUUGGGAAAACAACUGUAAGAAGUAGUUCAAAAAAAGAAGCACCAUUCUUCCUACCUGAAGAAUCUGCAUUUUCUGAGGAGAAAGGAUAUAAGAGGUACCAGAAAAGUUGCAUUGGACCAUUUCCACUGGCUGAUCAGCAGAAAGGGUACAAGUUGAAGUCAGUUUUCCAUGGUCAUAGGAGCAUACGUGUUCGACUUGAUCAUCUGGACCCUUGGAUUUGGUGUGAGGCGAAGGUAGUAUAUAUUUGCAAGGGACCUUUGGAUGUUGCUCUGCUCCAAGUUGAUCGUAUUCCUGAUAAGCUUACCGCUAUUAUGGUGGAUUUUAGUCAGCCAUCAUUAGGAUCAAAGGCAUAUGUUAUUGGACAUGGACUACUGGCACCAAGAUGCGGCUUCUCCCCUUCUGUUUGCUCUGGGGUGGUUGCAAAAGUUGUGAAAGCAGAGAUGCCCUCGUAUUACAAAUCUUUAUUGCCAGGGGUUUCACAAUUUCCUGCAAUGCUUGAAACAACCGCUGCUGUUCAUCCCGGUGGAAGUGGCGGUGCUGUCGUCAAUUCAGAUGGUCGUUUGAUUGGACUUGUUACAAGCAAUGCCAGGCACGGUGGAGGAACAGUUAUACCACAUUUGAACUUCAGCAUUCCGAGCGCAGUUUUGAUGCCUAUCUUUCAGUUUGCGAGAGACAUGAAGGACUUUUCUCCUCUGCAAAAUCUUGACAAACCAAACGAACUCCUUUUGUCAGUAUGGGCAUUGAUGCCUCCAUUAUCUCCAAAGCCAGGGCCUCCACUUAAUCUUCCCCAGCCGAUACUAGAAGAUAACAACAACAAAGAGGGGAAAGGUUCUCGGUUUGCUAAAUUCAUAGCCGAAAAGAAUGAACUGUUGAAGAGAUCUGCUCAAUUUGGUAAAGUGGAAGGACUCCCUAAUCCGAUUCUUCCUAGUAAGUUAUGACCUUUGCUAUAUUUCUUGUGCUAUAUAUAUAAUAUCGAAAAAGAUCAUCCCCCGGAAUAUGCUGAACCAAGUUUCAAAACACCCCUGUUAUGAUGACUCGGGUCUUGCCGGAGUUAGCUCACAGAUCAUGUAAACAAUGGGUUUUGGGGGAAGUAUUAAGGAGUCCCCUCUCAUUUGUAAUUACAUUUCUCAACUUUACUUAAAUGAAAUCAAAUUCCAAA